ACAUUCUGCCUUCCUCGGCGUCGAAGUUCAUGCCAAACAGAAACAACGAGGGUUUGAACGGAGAGGUGGUUUAUGAUGUGGCGGGUUUGAGAGCUGAAUUGGCGAGCUUUAACCUACAUGUAACGCCACCUCAGAUAGACGUGGCCUUAUCGUAAUCCACGAAUCCAAGCUCUUCGAUCAGGCACGUUUACAUUCAUGGUGUCACUCUUCUAGCCACACGUACCACAAUUGCUGCUCCGAUACAUAAAUAUUAAAACAUCCGAUUUCCCUUCGCGAAACAAAGAUUGGUCUCACCAGCACCAAAUAUUCUUUUCCUCAUGAUUUCCUAUGAAAUUUACUCCUUCCGUGCUCCAUUUCAAGUUCUGAGGUUCUCUAAAUGGAAGCGAACGAAUGCGCGGUUCUUGAUUUUUCUCCCUUCGAAGACCAAGAGGAGCUUCUUCCCAUGCAUCGUUUGUAGCGAUGAAUCCUUCUCGUUGCCAGCCCCAAAACAGUCGGGUUAUAGUCCUCCUGAGGAAUUGUUCGGUCUCGAUGUGGAACUCAAGCCGAGCAAUGGCAGUUCCCAAACAUCGGAACCAAGGUCGUGGUUUGGUCCAAAUGGACAGUACAUCAGAGAGUUACCUUGUCCGAGCUGCCGGGGAAGGGGUUAUACUCCCUGCACAGAGUGCGGGAUUGAAAGAUCAAGAUCAGACUGUCCGAAGUGUAGUGGGAAGGGUAUUGUUACUUGCCACCAGUGUUCAGGAGCUCGUGUUACUUGGGAAGAAUCCAUUGAUGAAAGGCCAUGGGAAAGAGCACGUUCUAUUUCCCCACUCAAAGUGAAGGAAGAUGAUGAAGUUGAUAAUUUAGACAUAAAGUUGGAUGUGAAGAAAAAAUCAAAGCGUGUUUACCAGUCACCACCUCCUGAAGUUGGCUUGAAGAUUAGUCGUUCAUUAAAAGAUCUCAAUGCAAAAACUGGUCUGUUUAGCAAGAGAAUGAAGAUUAUCCAUCGUGAUCCCAUGCUUCAUGCGCAGAGAGUGGCUGCAAUUAAGAAAUCCAAGGGAACUGAUUCAGCUAGAAAGCACGCCUCUGAAACCAUGAAAGUUUUCUUUAGUAACCCAGAAAAUCGUCAUAAAAGGAGCAUUGCCAUGAAAGGAGUAAAUUUCUUCUGCCAAAACUGUGGACGGGAAGGGCACAGGCGACACUACUGUCCAGAGCUGAAGGAUAGUUUGAUGGGGCGGCAAUUCACGUGCCGGCUAUGCGGGGGAAAAGGCCAUAACAGAAGAACAUGCAUCAAGUUAAGGAUAGACCAUCGGAACGGCAGACCUGUAAAACUUUAUCGCUGCAAAAUUUGUCGUCGAUAUGGCCAUAAUCGCAGGACCUGCCCUCAGCUAGUUGGUACCUCCAAAACGACAGCUUCUUUGAGACCAUACAAGUGUAGUUUGUGCCGCGGGAGUGGGCACAAUAUCAGGACAUGUCCUCGUACGAGAGCUAUUCCUCAACAUGCUCAAGAUUGAUCGCAAGGGGUGUAAAAUACUAAAAUACACGGAUAUUCAUCUUCUCCCUCUACUCGCUAUUUCUUUUAUUUAUUUUUAAUAAUUAUUUAAGGUAUGUACAGAUACUUUUUGUCUACUGUUGAAUUCAGAUGUUUUAAUAGGUAAAUUCUCGGGAAA